AACUUCCCUUCUGCAUUUUGAAAUUGUAAAGUACAAAAUAAUUGUUCACUUAUUACCCCCUUCUUCUUCAGCAAGAGAUAGAACUGAUUUCGAGGUAGCUGGGUCCUCCCCAGAACCAGCAAAACACUGGAAAUUGGGACCCAGGAAAACAAACUGACCGGAGCCUCAGACUCCCCACAAUCUGUCCCGAACGCGUCCUUCUCUUUCCUUUGCAGCUCCGCUUUCCCAUGUGACUGAACAGACUGAUUCUGCUCUCACUUUCUAAAGCAGACAUUUUUAUUAUCAAUUUCCUCAAUCAACGAAGGCAAAGCUACCCAUUACCCCAGAUACAGCUCGGGUCGGAGGGAGAGAUCCGAUGCUACCCGGUGUGCCGUUUUCUUGCCUCUUCUUCUUCCUUCCACUUGUGUGGUUGCUGCCUGGUUCUUUGGCUGGUGACCCAUAUGUCUUCUUUGACUGGACUGUCUCCUAUGUCUCAGCUUCCCCUCUCGGAGUCAAGCAACAGGUGAUUGGAGUUAAUGGGAAAUUUCCCGGUCCAGUACUCAACCUCACUACAAAUUGGAAUGUUGUUGUCAAUGUCAAGAAUGAUCUUGAUGAGCCAUUGCUGAUUACAUGGAAUGGCGUACAACAUAGGAAAAACUCUUGGCAAGAUGGUGUUUCAGGUACUAAUUGUCCAAUUCCUGCUGGUUGGAACUGGACAUAUCAGUUUCAGGUCAAAGAUCAAAUUGGGAGUUUCUUUUACUUCCCUUCCCUUAGUUUCCAGAGAGCUGCUGGUGGGUAUGGGGGAAUCAUCAUUAACAACAGAGAAGUCAUUCCAUUACCAUUUGGAUUGCCCGAUGGUGAUGUUCACAUCUUUAUAGGUGAUUGGUACAGUAAGAGUCAUAAGGAACUAAGAAAAGAUGUUGAGAAUGGAGCUGACCUUGGAGUUCCUGAUGGCAUCCUUAUUAAUGGGUUUGGCCCAUAUCGUUAUGAUCAGGCACUUAUUCCAGAUGGGAUUACUUACCAGAUUAUAAAUGUAGAACCAGGGAAAACAUAUCGCUUCAGAGUCCACAAUGUUGGAAUUUCAACCAGCUUAAAUUUCAGAAUUCAAAAUCAUAAUCUGCUUCUUGUUGAGACUGAAGGAUCGUACACAGCUCAGCAGAACUACUCAAACAUGGAUAUUCAUGUGGGUCAGUCAUACUCAUUCUUGGUCACAAUGGAUCAAAAUGCUAGCACUGAUUACUACAUUGUAGCCAGUCCUCGAUUUGUCAACUCGUCUGACUGGGCUAAAGUUACUGGAGUUGCGGUCUUGCACUACUCCAACUCUCAGGGACCUGCUUCAGGUCCUCUUCCCGAUCCUCCUAAUGAUUAUGACAAAUAUUUCUCAAUGAAUCAAGCAAGAUCAAUAAGGUGGAAUGUCUCUGCUGGUGCUGCACGUCCAAACCCACAAGGAUCUUUUAAAUAUGGUCAGAUUACCGUGACUGAUGUGUAUGUGAUCCAGAAUAGGCCUCCAGAGCUUAUAGACGGAAAGUUGCGUACUACACUUAAUGGUAUUUCGUACUUACCACCUACAACACCCUUAAUGCUUGCCCAGCAGUUUAAAAUUCCUGGGGUCUACAAGUUUGACUUUCCAAAUAAGCUGAUGAGCAGACCUCCCAAAUUGGAUACAUCUUUAAUUAAUGGUACUUUCAAAGGUUUUAUGGAAAUAAUCUUUCAGAACAAUGAUACAACAGUUCAAAGUUACCAUCUAGAUGGCUAUGCAUUCUUUGUUGUGGGUAUGGAUUUUGGGGUGUGGACAGAGAAUAGCAGAGGCACGUACAACAAGUGGGAUGGUGUUGCUCGCUGCACCACACAGGUCUUCCCUGGAGCUUGGACUGCCAUCUUAGUUUCUCUUGAUAAUGCUGGCAUCUGGAAUCUCCGUGCACAGAAUCUUGAUUCAUGGUAUCUAGGCCAAGAAGUUUACUUGGGUGUUGUAAAUCCAGAGAUUGAUGCAACAGAGGUUCCUUUACCUGACAAUGCCAUUUAUUGUGGUCUACUUUCAGCAUUACAGAAGAACCAGGCUCAGAGAAUUGACUUUUCUGGUGCAGAAUCAAUUCCUGAUGUCAGCAAAACAAUUUUCUUUCUGUUAAUCUUUUCCUUGAUUGGAACUUUAGUCAGGUAACCAAGGCGGGGAAACCUCACCUACACUCUAUUAUUCACCAAAUGGAAUAAAUGUCUACUGUCUGAGGAACAAGUUGUCAUUAUGGAUCCCACGGCAUUAGUUUCAUCUUCAUGGGAACAAAAUCAUGGACUGAAGGUAGCAUCUUCAAUCUUUUCCCUAGAAAAUCUUGUACCAUUGUGAGUGAUUAGGUAUUUUUGUGCAUUGGCUCUGUGCAAUCUCCUUGUCAGUGAAAUAUUUAAAGUAGAAAGUUGAUUAGAAGUGAGCCACUAACUGUACAGUGUGGAAGCCCUUAACUUUUUCUUUCUGAUUUUGUUGUAAGGUGUCUUCAAUUCAUCUUUGAUUUUGUUGUUAUACUUUGUCCUAUUGAAACGUAAUUUAUAGUUCUCUGUUAUAAUUGCUCCACUGGAAUUUAAUGUUAGU